AAAAUAUCACAAUGUUUAGAAAAAAGAGAGUAUUUGAUCAGAGUAAAGAAGAACGUAUGGUUAUAACCAUUGGAGAAAUUAUCCAGGAACUUCUGAAAGCACAUGAAGAAAACAGAGAUAUUGAUUUAAAUAAAUUAAAAACACGAAUAGCUUCUAAAUAUGGCUUGGAUACUUCACCUAGAUUAGUUGAUAUUAUAGCAUCUGUACCACCUAAUGCAAGAAGUAUAUUGGUACCAAAAUUAAAAGCAAAACCAAUUCGAACUGCUAGUGGAAUAGCUGUUGUGGCUGUGAUGUGCAAACCCCACAGGUGUCCCCAUAUCAGCAUGACAGGAAAUAUUUGUGUAUAUUGUCCAGGUGGACCUGAUUCUGAUUUUGAAUAUUCCACACAAUCUUAUACUGGUUAUGAGCCUACAUCUAUGAGAGCCAUUCGGGCAAGGUAUAAUCCAUUUUUGCAAACCAGACACCGUGUAGAACAGCUAAAACAAUUAGGCCAUAAUGUAGAUAAAAUUGAAUUUAUUGUUAUGGGAGGUACAUUCAUGUCUAUGCCAGAAGAUUACAGAGAUUAUUUUAUUCGAAAUUUACACGAUGCACUGUCUGGUCACGUUAGUAGCAACGUCGACGAAGCUGUAAAAUAUUCCGAACGGAGUCGCACAAAGUGCAUCGGUAUCACUAUAGAGACACGUCCAGAUUAUUGCCUUAAAAAACACCUUUCCGAUAUGUUACGUUACGGGUGUACACGUUUAGAAAUUGGAGUACAGUCUGUAUAUGAGGAUGUUGCACGAGAUACUAACAGAGGACACACGGUUCGUGCAGUAUGCGAGAGUUUCCAAUUAUCGAAAGAUGCGGGCUUCAAAGUGAUAGCACAUAUGAUGCCAGAUUUACCAAACGUCGAUAUAGAGAGAGAUGUUAAUCAAUUCAUUGAAUUCUUUGAAAACCCUGCUUUCAGAGCAGAUGGUUUAAAAAUUUAUCCAACUCUAGUUAUACGCGGUACAGGCUUGUAUGAAUUAUGGAAAACUGGAAGAUAUAAGAGCUAUCCACCGAACGUUUUAAUAGAUCUUAUAGCUCGUAUUUUGGCUCUGGUACCACCUUGGACCCGCGUAUACCGUGUACAAAGAGAUAUACCUAUGCCUUUAGUCAGUUCGGGAGUAGAACACGGAAAUUUACGCGAGUUGGCAAUGGCGAAAAUGAAAGAAUUGGGUACCGAUUGUCGGGAUGUUAGAACUCGAGAAGUGGGCAUUCAAGAAAUACACCACAAGAUACAACCUUAUGAAGUGGAACUUGUUCGUCGUGAUUAUGUUGCCAAUGGUGGGUGGGAAACGUUCUUGUCUUACGAAGAUCCCACGCAAGAUAUUUUGGUUGGCUUACUAAGGCUGAGAAAAUGUUCGGACGGAACGUUUAGGCCAGAACUUAAAGACAGAUGUUCCAUAGUGAGAGAACUUCACGUAUAUGGUAGUGUCGUUCCAGUAAACGCUCGUGAUCCCACAAAGUUCCAGCAUCAGGGUUUUGGAAUGCUAUUAAUGGAAGAAGCUGAGCGGAUAGCAAAGGAGGAACACGGAUCUCGCAAAAUUUCUGUCAUAUCAGGUGUCGGGACGAGAAACUACUACAGAAAAAUGGGAUAUGAACUCGACGGUCCAUACAUGUCCAAAAUACUUGUAUCUUGCUAA